GAGGCGGUCGCUACCUGUUGUGAGGUCUCGCGAGAAGAGGCCGGGCGGCGUCCGUACGGGUAGCGCGCGGCUGAGAGCUUUCACGCGGGUUUCAUUCUUUCCGGUUAGUUCCUCUCUGUUCCGUUUGCGGCGGCAUCCGCCCUCUCUCGCAUCAUGUCGGCCAUGGGGACUCUGGCGUUUGACGAGUUUGGGAGGCCUUUCUUGAUCCUCAAAGACCAGGAGCGGAAGAGCCGCACGAUAGGCUUGGAGGCCCUUAAGUCUCACAUAAUGGCAGCCAAGGCCGUAGCCAAUACACUCAAAACCUCACUUGGGCCUAAUGGUCUUGAUAAAAUGAUGGUCGACAAAGAUGGUGAUGUGACUGUAACAAAUGAUGGUGCCACUAUCUUGAGUAUGAUGGAUGUGGACCAUCAGAUUGCUAAACUUAUGGUUGAACUGGCAAAAUCUCAGGAUGAUGAGAUCGGGGAUGGAACCACAGGGGUUGUUGUUCUGGCUGGUGCACUAUUGGAACAGGCAGAGCAGUUAUUGGAUCGUGGAAUUCAUCCUAUCAGAAUAGCAGAUGGCUAUGAACAGGCUGCUGCAAUUGCCAUUGAGAACUUGGACAAGAUCAGUGACAGUUUUCCUGUUGAUCUGGAGAACACUGAGCCCCUCAUUCAGACAGCAAAGACAACUCUAGGCUCUAAAGUAAUUAAUCGUUGCCACAGGCAGAUGGCAGAAAUAGCUGUAAAUGCGAUACUAACUGUGGCAGAUAUGGAGCGCAGAGAUGUUGAUUUUGAGCUGAUAAAAGUCCAAGGCAAAGUUGGUGGUAGACUGGAGGAUACCCAGCUAAUAAAAGGUGUGAUUGUGGAUAAAGACUUCAGCCAUCCACAGAUGCCUAAAGCCAUUAAAGAUGCUAACAUUGCAAUUUUGACAUGUCCAUUUGAACCACCUAAGCCAAAAACUAAGCAUAAGCUUGAUGUAACCUCUGUGGAAGACUACAAGGCAUUGCAGAAAUAUGAGAAGGACAAAUUUGAAGAGAUGGUGAAACAGAUCAAAGACACUGGUGCAAACCUAGCUAUUUGUCAAUGGGGAUUUGAUGACGAAGCCAAUCAUUUAUUGCUUCAGAAUGACUUGCCUGCUGUUCGCUGGGUUGGUGGCCCUGAAAUAGAAUUGAUUGCCAUUGCAACUGGAGGUCGUAUAGUUCCUCGUUUCUGUGAGCUCACUACUGAAAAACUUGGCUUCGCUGGGCUUGUCAGAGAAAUCUCAUUUGGAACAACAAAAGACAAAAUGCUGGUAAUUGAACAAUGUCAGAAUUCCAGAGCUGUGACCAUCUUCAUUAGAGGUGGAAAUAAAAUGAUUAUUGAAGAAGCCAAACGAUCCCUUCACGAUGCACUGUGUGUGAUCAGGAAUCUUGUUCGUGACAACCGCAUUGUGUAUGGUGGAGGUGCUUCUGAGAUCUCCUGUGCAUUGGCUGUUAGUGAAGCUGCAGACAAGUGCCCAUCACUGGAGCAGUAUGCUAUGAGAGCUUUUGCUGAUGCCCUAGAAGUCAUCCCAAUGGCACUUUCCGAGAACAGUGGUAUGAACCCCAUACAAACUAUGGCUGAAGUGCGAGCUCAGCAAGUAAAAGACGGCAACCCUGCUCUGGGUAUUGAUUGUUUGCACAAAGGGACAAAUGAUAUGAAGGAACAACAUGUCAUUGAAACCUUAAUUGGCAAGAAGCAACAGAUUUCUCUGGCCACUCAGAUGGUUCGAAUGAUUCUAAAGAUUGAUGAUAUUCGCAAGCCGGGUGAAUCUGAAGAAUAAAGGCAAAAAAACCCCAGAAAUGUAGCCUCGGUGACUACAUCAACAGGAUUCUAGUGUUUCUCAUAGGCUGCUUUCUUGUUUUAAUGUCCUUCAGAAAAAUAAAUCACUAUUGUGGCUUCAGUA